UCUUAGAACCAUCAUCCAGUUCCAAUCUAGUAUCUCAGGUAGCAGUACAUUUUCAACAAAAUGAAAUCCUUGUUGAUCGUAGGACUUGGUCUGUGCCUAAUGGGCGUUGCUUUUGCAGCUCCAACUUCCAUUCUACAGACCAUACUUUCGGACAUUACCACAGGCGUCAGUAAUGUUCUGAGCUUUCUACAAACCGAAAUAACUACUCUGACUAGCACAAUCAACAGUUUGCUCAGUCAAAUUACCGCCGCUCUUUCAGGUGGAAUCUCGAACGCCAACAGACCAUUGUCCACAGGAUUAGCUAAUGCCCGUACUGCCCUUCAAAACGCUUUGGCUGCUUUGACCAGCAUUGUUGGCAAUGGAUUGACUCAAUUCUCUACUGGUUUGACCACAACCCUGAACACUCGAACCUCUCAGCUAUUGACAGCCCUUGGCUACUUGAACGGUAAUCUCACGCAAGUUCUGGUUGCUGGAAAUAGCGCUUCAUUGGAUCUGAUUUACAAGCUGGGCAAUGCUACUGCAAAUCUGAACGCGGCAACAGCUAACGUGGCCUCGCAUGUUAACUCCUUGCUCGGCAAUUUGCUGAACACGCUGUUUGGUUAAUUUUUAGCGAUCAUCAAAUGAAGUUUACCUACUGCUGGCAUUGAAAGAAAAUGUUUUGUAGACAACGUAUUUUACGGAAUAUUCGAAAUAUGUAACAAUAAAAGAUUUUCCAAUAAAAAUGCUAAAA